GGAGGUGAGGGUGUUUGUAAACUACGGACAUGGAGGGGGCGAAGAAAGAAGCCCCUCCAUCGGGCGAUGGAGGGAAAUCAGACACCCUGGGGUCGACCGGCUCCACCAAAAAAAGAGGCGGGGGGGCAAAGAAAGCGAUGCAGGCCAACAAAUCUGCCCUCCGAGCCCCCAGAGCCCUCUGCUGCCUCACCCUCAGCAACCCCAUACGCAUGGCGGCACUGGCCCUGGUGGAGUGGAAACCUUUUGAUAUCUUCAUUCUUCUUGCCAUCUUUGCCAACUGUGUGGCCAUGGGGGUCACCAAGCCAUACCCAGAUGAUGACUCCAAUGUGACCAAUCACAAACUGGAACAAGUGGAGUAUGUCUUCCUCGUCAUCUUCACCAUCGAGACGUUCACAAAAAUCCUCGCCUACGGUUUAGUCAUGCACCCCAGCGCCUACAUUCGCAGCGGAUGGAACUUGCUUGAUUUUGUCAUCGUCAUUGUCGGGCUGUUCAGUGUCAUAGCGGAGGGCAUGACAGACCACAAGCCAGGAGAGGCCCAUCACGCUGCGGGAAAACCCGGAGGCCUGGACGUCAAAGCUCUGAGAGCCUUCAGGGUGUUGAGACCACUCCGACUCGUAUCCGGAGUGCCGAGUCUACAGAUUGUUUUGAAUUCCAUCAUGAAAGCCAUGGUCCCGCUCCUUCACAUCGGUAUGCUGGUCAUGUUUGUCAUCAUCAUCUACGCCAUCAUCGGCUUGGAGCUUUUUAUUGGCCGGAUGCACAAGACGUGCUUCUUCUCCAGCACAGGUAUGAUGGUGGAGGACGACCCGUCCCCUUGCGCGUUCGCAGGGAGCGGUCGCUUCUGUGUCAGCAACGGCAGCGAGUGCAGGGGCAGGUGGGAGGGUCCCAACGGCGGCAUCACAAAUUUCGACAACAUUUUCUUCGCCAUGCUGACAGUCUUCCAGUGCAUCACCAUGGAAGGCUGGACAGAUGUGCUCUACUGGAUGAACGACGCCAUCGGUUUUGAGAUUCCUUGGGUGUAUUUUGUUUCGCUGGUCAUCUUUGGUUCGUUUUUCAUCAUCAAUCUUGUUUUGGGAGUGUUGAGCGGAGAGUUUUCAAAGGAAAGGGAAAAGGCUGUGGCACGUGGGGAGCUGCAGAAGGCACAAGAGAGCAAGCAGAUGGAGGAAGACAUGAUCGGCUACAUGGACUGGCUCAUAGAGGCAGAGGAUGUGGAUGAAGAAGGAAAUAAACGAGCUGCAAUCGCCAAGAAGAAGAUGAUGAAGAAGUUUGGCUGGUACAAACAGAGUGAGGAUGGAGAAUCCGACUCGGAUGAUGACAUUGCAUACCUCGACGAUGACAGCGGCUUCUGCGCUUCACUCAUGGCCAAGAUGAUGGCCAACAGCUUCUGCGACCAAUUAUGCCAGUUGAACCACACGUUCAGGAAGAACUGCCGCGUGGCCGUCAAGACCACCAACUUCUACUGGCUGGUUCUUCUUCUGGUGUUUCUCAACACGGUGGCCAGUGCCUCCGAGCAUUACGGGCAGCCAAAGUGGCUCACAGAAAUGCAAGAGCGAGCCAAUAAGAUCCUGCUGCUGCUCUUCACACUGGAGAUGCUGAUGAAGAUGUACGCCUUCGGCCUGCAGAUCUACUUCAUGGCCCUCUUCAAUCGCUUCGACUGCUUCGUGGUGUGUGGCGGCAUCCUGGAGACGCUGCUGGUAGAGUGGGACUUCAUCCCACCCAUCGGCAUCUCUGUUCUCCGCUGCAUCCGACUGCUAAGGAUUUUCAAGAUGACUCGUCACUGGGCUGCCUUGUCUGACCUGGUCAACUCUCUGCUCAACUCCAUGAAGGCUAUCUGUUCCCUUCUGCUACUGCUUUUCCUCUUCCUCAUCAUCUUCGCCCUGCUCGGCAUGCAGCUGUUUGGAGGCAAAUUUAACUUUGACGAGACUCAAAUGAAGAGGAGCACUUUUGACUCUUUCCCUCAAGCGCUGCUCACUUGCUUUCAAAUCCUCACUGGAGAGGACUGGAACGCUGUUAUGUAUGAUGGCAUUAUGGCCUACGGUGGACCUGUCUUUCCCAAUAUGGUGGUGUGCAUUUACUUUGUCAUCCUGUUUGUCUGUGGUAACUACAUCCUGCUCAAUGUCUUCUUGGCUAUCGCCGUUGACAACUUGGCUGGAGGUGGCGAGCAGAACAAAGUCGAGGAGAAAAAAGACGACGAAGAAGACUGGGAUGACGACGACGAAAAAGAGGACGAAGAUGCAGGGAACGAGGACGACGACUGGCAGGAGAAUGAGGAGCUGAGGGCCAUUGAGGGGCUGGAGGGAGUUGCCCCAUUGAAGCCUGAGUUCUCCGGUCCCAAAGAAAAGAUUGUGCCCAUUCCUGACGGAAGCUCUUUCUUCAUUCUUGGAAAGAAGAACUGCUUGCGAGUCGCCUGCCACAACCUCAUCCAUCACCCCUACUUCACCAACUUCAUCCUCAUCUUCAUCAUCCUCAGCAGCAUCUCUCUGGCCGCUGAGGACCCCAUCAAAUCGCACUCGUUCAGGAACAUUGUGCUGGGUUACGCCGACUAUGUUUUCACGUCGGUGUUCACAGUGGAGAUUGUGCUCAAGAUGACCGUAUACGGAGCUUUCCUGCACACCGGCUCCUUCUGCAGAAACGCCUUCAACCUUCUCGACUUGCUGGUGGUCAGCGUGUCGCUCACCUCCUUCUUUCUUCAUUCCAGUGCCAUUUCUGUGGUGAAGAUUCUCAGAGUGCUCCGUGUUCUCAGACCUCUCCGCGCCAUCAACAGAGCCAAGGGACUAAAAAAUGUGGUACAGUGCGUGUUUGUGGCAAUCCGCACCAUCGGCAACAUCUUGAUCGUCACGACGCUCCUUCAGUUUAUGUUCGCCUGCAUCGGAGUGCAGCUCUUCAAGGGCCGGUUCUACAGCUGCACAGAUGAAGCCAAACACACUCCUGAUGAGUGCAAGGGAACUUUUGUGGUCUACCAAGACGGGGAUAUGAAUCAUCCCAUGGUGAAAGAGAGGAUCUGGGAAAACAGCGACUUCAACUUUGACAACGUGCUGAUGGGCAUGCUGGCUCUCUUCACCGUCUCAACAUUUGAAGGCUGGCCACAGCUCCUGUACCGCGCCGUGGACGCCAACGCUAUAAAUCACGGACCCAUUUACAACUACCGAGUGGAAAUCUCCAUCUUUUUCAUCAUCUACAUCAUCAUCAUCGCCUUCUUCAUGAUGAACAUUUUUGUGGGUUUUGUCAUCAUCACCUUCCGAGAACAAGGAGAGGCUGAAUUCAAAAACUGUGAGCUCAACAAAAACCAGCGCCAGUGUGUGUACUACGCGCUGAAAGCUCAACCUAUAAAGAUUUACAUUCCCAAAAAUCCAUCCCAGCUCAAAUUCUGGAGGAUUAUAAACUCCAGCCAAUUUGAGUAUGUCAUGUUCGUGUUGAUUCUGGGCAACACGCUCACGCUGGCCGUGCAGCAUUACGAGCAGUCCAAACUGUUCACUUCCGUCAUGGACCUUCUCAACAUGAUCUUCACGGUGGUGUUCACUAUCGAGAUGAUCGUCAAGUUGCUGGCUCUUCGGGCUCAUCAUUAUUUUAUCGAUGCGUGGAAUUCCUUUGACGCUUUAAUUGUGGUGGGGAGCGUGUUGGACAUUGCAGUCUCUGAGCUUAGCGGUGGAGGAGGUCACGGUGAGGGAAAAGGCGAGAGUGGCAAAGUUUCCAUCACAUUCUUCCGCUUAUUUCGAGUCUUGCGGUUAGUCAAAUUGCUCAGUAAAGGAGAAGGCAUUCGAAUGCUCCUCUGGACUUUUGUCAAGUCCCUCCAGGCUUUGCCUUAUGUCGGUCUGCUCAUCGCCAUGAUCUUUUUCAUCUACGCCGUGAUAGGCAUGCAGAUGUUCGGGAAAGUGGCCAUCGAUGACAACACGCAUAUCAACAGAAAUUGCAACUUUCAGACCUUCUUCAUGGCUGUUCUGGUGUUAUUCAGGUGUGCCACCGGAGAGCAGUGGCAGGAGAUCAUGUUGGCCGCGCUGCCCGGCAGACGCUGCGACCCGGAGUCGGACACCGAGCCCGGGGAAGAGUUCUCCUGUGGCAGCAACUUGUCCUACAUCUAUUUCAUCAGUUUCUUCAUGCUCUGUGCUUACCUGAUUAUUAAUUUGUUUAUUGCUGUCAUCAUGGACAACUUUGAGUACCUGACAAGAGACUGGACGGUAUUGGGAACCCACCACCUGGACGAGUUUAAGAGAGUUUGGUCCGACUACGAUCCAGAAGCCACUGGCCGCAUUAAGCACAUCGAUGUUGUCACGAUGCUGCGGAGAAUUCAGCCUCCUCUCGGUUUUGGAAAACUUUGCCCUCACCGCGUCGCUUGCAAACGGCUGGUUUCUAUGAAUGUGCCACUGCACCCUGAUGGGACGGUUACCUUCAACGCGACUUUGUUUGCUUUGGUGCGAACGUCCCUCAAGAUCAAGACUGAAGGGCCCAUCGAUAAGCAGAAUGAAGAGCUCAAAGUCAUCAUCAAGAAACUCUGGAAGAGGACCAAGCCCAAGCUCUUAGAUGAAAUCAUUCCUCCCCCUAGAGGGGAUGAAGUGACCUGCGGGAAGGUUUAUGCCAGCUUCUUGAUUCAGGACUAUUUCAAAAAAUAUCGUAAGAGAAAAGAAAGGGAACGAAAGUCUAAAAAGAAGGACAAGGCCGCCUCUCUUCAGCAAGGGCUGCGGACACUGCAAGAUUUGGCUCCAGAAAUGCGCCUGGCAAUGGCCUGUGACUUAGAAGAGGAGGAGGGUGCGGACGAAAUAUUCGAGAGCGAACACAGAACCUCGGUCGCCGCCACACCCGCCAGCACACCGAUGCCGCCGAUAGAAAUGCUGGUGCAGCAGACCGCCGUUGUGGUUGAACCGGAGGCAGGCAUGGAUGUGAUCACGCAGCAGGUGACGAGCCUGCGGGACUGCUUCCAGACAAGUGGCCCAGAAGUAGCUCAGGAGAGCGUUGUCGUAGAACAGCCAGGCAGGUCGGAGGCUCUGCCCAGCAGGGAGGAUUCAAGUCGCGACCUGCCUCCCCCUCCUGACACAACAGAGUUCAUAGCUCAGGAGGCGACGGCAUCCACGGUGGCUGAGCAAGUUCAUAACAGUGAGGGAGAUGCUGCAAAUCUUCAAGCAUUUCAAGACCAGUAUGUGUAUCCCGAGACCGCCUCUCCUCUACCGCCCGAGCCAGAUUACAACGCCCUGAGCCUCGAACAAGCAAGCAGUGUUGGCGAGAUGUCACGUGACCCUCACGACGCCAACAGUUUGGCUAACGGUUACGGUGGAAGCGCCGUGAACGGAGGCAGUGUCGCCGGCGUGCCCUAUCCCACGAACGAAUAUAAUGGCAACGGCUACUCGGGUUACAAUGAAAACGGCAGCAGCAUCUUCAGCGCCAACGGCAACGGAAGCACUGUGAGUGGAGGGAACGACUACAAUGGAAGUGACAGCGGUGGCGCGCAGUUUGUCAGACGAAGGCUGCUACCUUCCAUACCCAAAGGUCCAAAACCCGCCUUUAACUUUCAGUGUCUGAGGCCGCAGAGCAGUGUGGACGAACUUCCCGUCACAGGAAACUACCAAGGCAACACAUCCCCGUCCAGGUCUCGCCUCCAGACCCAGCACAGCCUGGAUUCGCGGCGCAGUAGCGUGUCGUCGUUGUCGUCCAUCUCGUGGGCGAACAACGUAGCGGCCGGCAGCACUCCCGGUCCCGGAUCGAUCGCCCCCCCGGGACGCAGGGGCAAACUAAUCUACACCCCCGUGAUCUUGGUGGACGAAGCCACGGGGAACAGCCAGCCGCUGUGGAGCGACAGCUCCGCCAGCCUCCCUGCGGGAAGUCGUCCCGACUGGUACUCAGGUCAGACCAGGACCUACACCGGCUUGAGGGUGCCGCCCGCCAACCAGGGCUUUGUGGACAAAGGUAGCGCAGACAGUCUGGUGGAGUCGAUCCUGAUCUCAGAGGGUCUUGGCAUCUACGCCAAGGACCCCAAGUUUGUGAAUUUUGCCAAGCGAGAAAUCGCCGAAGCUUGUCGCAUGAGCCUGGACGAGAUGGAGAGCGCCGCCGCUGACCUGAUCGCCCGCGGAGCUAGCCAGUCCAUUUCUCGCUUUGAGGACCAGCUCGCCGACGAAAUGAACUGUGUGAUUUCUUACUGAAACGGACGGGAGACAAGCUGGAAUACCUGCGAUCUCGAGAGAACGCGUACUGCCGUUUCUGUCCAAGGGCUGACUCGUUUGUUUGUUUGGCUCCGUUUGCCGGGCGGGGAUCAAAGGAGAAGCAGUCUGGUACAAUGUACGUUAGUGCAGGGGUGGGCAACGUAUGGCCAAUCCAGCCCAAACAGCAUUUACAUCAUCAAGAGUCCCGGAAUAUUUGUUGUAUUAAUUUAGCCAAAAAUGAAUUAUUUAAAAUGCAUUUAAUAUCAUAUUUCUAUUAAUCUCUCAUUCAAUAAUUGGUUAAUUGAUUUACUGUAAAUAUGAGCAUAGAAAGCAUUUGUGAAAUAAACAAUUUUACAUAUAAAUUUUUUAUUGAUUUGAUUAAAUAAUUAUAUUAAAUAUAAAUGUUAUUUUUUUAUUGAUUUUAUAUAUUUUUCAUUCAUUUUUUUCUUUUGUUCUGUUUUUUUCCCCCCCACCUGUCCGUUUUAAAAAUCAAUUUGCAAAUGUUUGUCCACCCCUUACGUACUUUCAGUCAUUACAGUGGCAGCAAGAUUGUGUCGGGACCCAACAGAGACUUUUAUGAACAAUAUAACAGUAAGGUUUUUAUUGUAAUUACCUUUUUUUCUUUUUGCAAUGGACUGUCAUUUUGUACUGUACUUGAAUUACCACUUUAUUGCAGGUGCACAAAAUUGUGUAUCCUCAAUUUAAGACUUUUUAUUGCAUUUAAUCACAAAUACGACGUUCUGGAUUUGGGUUUUCAGGUGAAAUUUAAGGAUGACCCUAAAAUGCACUCUAGCCUUUACAUAUCACGACGACCAAUUUCCUUGAAGGAUGCAUUUGUCUUCUGGAAGAAAAGAAAUACUUGGUUCGACUUGCCGAGGGCACUAAUCAAGGAUUCCAGAUCUUUGCUUUGUUUCUUCUUUCUGUAGCUAACAUUCAAAUAUUGCAAAGCGAAUUAUGGAACAAUGAACACAGAUACAAUGACGAAGGUGAAAGUGAAGAAUGUUUACUUUUGGUCUUUCAUGGACAUUGUCUUGAGAUUCAAGACCGUUUCCUCGCUUUCUCCUGUCGUCGAAGUCUCAGAAAGGACCAUCAAGGACCUCAUAGCUUGACUCUUUGAGAGCUUUUUGACUGAAACUUUAUGACGAAGAUUAUUGUCCUAAAUGUAUUCGCCAUCUCUACCUUGAUUCUUAAGUGUCAUCAUCUGAAAAAAAGGUUUGCUACUGAAGCUUUAUGAUCUAUCCAGAGUACAUUUCAAGAGUGACGUUGCCUCACUUACAUCUAGGAUUGGUUGGUGUACCAAUAUAAAAAAAAAAAAAAGUACUUGUGAUAUGAUAUGUAGCUGUCAAAAAUGAUAUGUAGCUGUCAAAAAUGAUAGGAUGUGACAUGCAGUUAAACAGAUAGCGAACAGUUCAAUUCAAAUAACAGAUAAAACAUGCUUGCUUCAAACUGUUUAUUUGUCAUUGCUACUUGAGGUUUAAUGAAAAAGUUUCUUGUAAUACAAAGAAUCAUGUGCUGGUUUUCACAUGACUGUUUUGUGGAGAAAACAAAUGCAAAUAAGCGGGUGAUUGCGUCAAAAUACUAUUAUUUUUAGAUAGUAAAAAUACAAGGAAUUUGAAGUUCCCUGUUUUGCCAUCUAUGAUUCCACUAUGUCUGUUUUGUUCCCCCCGGUAUCGUUUCAAUAUCGGUACCGAUGUAGUUAAUACAGGUAUAGUUUCAAAGUCAGAAUUUUGGUGUCGUGACAACAGAGCUUACAUCACAGAUAAAAGGUUUUCGUGCAUUUGAGGUUCAUGCCGAAAGCCGAAUAAUCAACUUUUUGUGAUUCGUGUAUGAUGGCACCCCCUGUAGCAUUAGCAUUAGCACAUGAUUGCAUGCAAAGUCAUAACAAGACUGUUUGGAGAUUUUUGUCACGCUGGAAUAAAUAAUCAUGUUUUCUCUA